CACAGCCGGCAUUCUUCAAGCUUGGUUGCUGCUUUUCUUUUAACAGACUGCAGAGUUUCCGGCGAUUUCGAACCGCAAAUAAAUGAAAACAUCAACAGUCGAAGAAAAAGCCACUCAUUCCUGCUCCUACAAUAUCCACUGAACUUGAAGAUCAGUUGGUCACCAUAGCAACCUGUCGUGAACUACAGAGACGCUCGUCUUAAAUCUGAUGAACUAUGUCGACUGGAGACGCAGGGGAUCGUGGGAAGGAAAGGGAACGGGGUGCCCGUCCCAAAGUGCGUCAGAGCCGCUCCGAGGAACGGCACAAAGGAGGCAGGGGGAAAAGGAAAGGCUGCUUGGUUCAUGAAGCGGCAUCAGACCGGCCAGUCAGUGAUGGGUUCGAAUACGGUGAUUUCUUAAACGGGUUGGAACCCAGAAACGGAGGCUCUUUGUUUCGUGAGCGCCGGUGGCGCCAAGUCCUCAGCUCACCCGUGUCCUCGUUAACUGAAAAAGUCUCAGCCCGGAUAUCUCAAAACACUCCAAACGAUGAACAGCUGGCGCCUGAGACAAGCAGCAAGUCUUCCAGUGGCAGUCGUACCCUCAGGCAGAAGAUCCAGGAUGCCGUAGGCCAGUGUUUUCCUAUCAAGACCCACAGUGGUCCUCCUUCUUCAGGGCAGGGCAUCUCGGCGUCUCCUGUCACAGCUUCUUCCAGGAGGAAGAUCCAUCUGAGUGAACUCAUGCUGGACAGUUGCCCAUUCCCACCUGGCUCAGAGCUAGCACAGAAGUGGUACCUGAUCAAGCAGCAUACCGCUCCGAUUUCCCAAGCACCCGUACUCGACACCUUCUCUGGCACUGGAGCAUGGGCAUCAGCAUGCUCUGCUUCCUCAGCUUCUGGAGUCGAGGAUGAGGACAGUCGCUUGCUAGAGAGGCGGAGAAUCGGCAUCGAGCAAGGUGUCGACCCGCCACCCAAUGGGCAGAGCCACACGUUUGAGGUGACUGCGCAGAUCACCCCGCUGUACAAGCUCGCGCCCAAGUUGGCGCAUGGGACGAACGAGUUGGCUGGAGAUGAUCGGGGCACUUUACAGCAGCAGCAGCAGCACAUGCUACAGAGGCAGCAGCAGCAACACCAACUGCUUCUUCAGAGCUGCUUGGACACUUUAGAUGAGGUUGUUGCGUCUUCCUCAGGAUCCGCCCCAUCCUUCUCGACCGAAUCCCAUCAGGAUUCCGAUUCCUCCUCGUGCUCACCAUGUUCUCUGACGAGAGGGUCUUUGAUGACGACAGAGCACUUCAAACCUCAAGAUGGCCACCAUCGUGCCCACACGCAGAUCGACUACAUCCACUGCUUGGUGCCCGACCUGCUCCAGAUCACCAACCUGCCUUGUUACUGGGGGGUCAUGGAUCGCUACGAGGCCGAAACGCUUCUGGAAGGCAAGCCCGAGGGAACGUUCCUCCUUCGUGACUCGGCCCAGGAGGACUAUUUGUUCUCCGUCAGCUUUCGGCGAUACGGCCGGUCUCUGCACGCCCGUAUCGAACAGUGGAAUCACAACUUCAGCUUUGACGUCCACGACCCCAGCGUGUUCCAUGCCCCCACGGUCACCGGCUUGCUGGAACACUACAAGGAUCCCAGCUUGUGCAUGUUCUUCGAGCCACUGCUUUCAAACCCCAUCCAUCGCACGCGACCAUUCAGCCUCCAACACAUCUGUCGCGCCGUCAUCAGCAGCUGCACCACGUACGACGGCAUCAGCGCCCUGCCCGUCCCCAACGCCCUCAAGGAGCACCUGAAGGAAUAUCUACAAGCGGAGGGUUCGUGUGCGGAGACUUGACACCGGGUGCGAGUGAAAACCUCAGCGUGCGAUUGCGAUAACUACUUCUACCACGGCCAGUAAAAACUCCGUCAACUAAUCCAGCACUCCGAAUGCAGGCAUGCGAACUGCAAGGCAAGCAGGAAAACCAAACGUGUUAAUGCUAGCCUUUAAAUUUAUUCAGUACAAAACCACUUUCACGAGCCAUUGAUUCAUACCAGAACACAAGCAAUGCUACAACGAUGAACACUGCGCCACUUGGUUGCUCAUGGCUACCACAGGAAGUACAGAUUAGCACUGUGGAGUGAGACUCAAACCCCUAAUGCUAAUCCAGGGAAGACUGUGAUAAACUUAAGUACCACUGGCGUUAAUGAAUUAGGAACUCCAAGCAUGCGGACACUAAUACACUAACAACUGCACAACUUGGUUGCCGCUGGUACCACGGCAGAUAGAAACCAUGGUGUUAGCACUAGCAUGAACGAACCCACUGCAUGUUAGUCUAGCAUGUUAAAACACUAAUCCGUUUAAAUCUUCACAUUGUGUAGCCUCUAACUCCUACAAGAGAUUUGUCUUUAGCUUGAAGGUGACCUUGACAUGAAAUUUUGGUGUUUUCAAAGCUAUUCACGUGUGUCUUGUGGACAUUGUUCGUGGGGGCGGAGCAUGGCUAGCAUGUUGCAGCUUGCUAUAAAAUGAUCCAUUUGGCGUCUUCACGAAGACUAAAACGGCUCUGAAGUAUUGUGAAUGUAAAUAGCUAGCUAGCUAAAGCCUCGGUCACAACCGGCCGUACAGUACGUGCUCCUAUGGCCGGUCUACGUGCAAGAAGGCGCGCGUGUGACGUGCUGAUUUUCAAGCCGUAGACUGGCCGCAGACCGGCCGAAGAGGUUCUUUGUCAUGUCAAACAAACUCUACGGGCGCUUACGUUUUUUUCAGGUUGCAAGACAAACUUAUGGCCAACGUGCGUCUUUCUCUACGAACAAAAAAAAAACGCAGCAAUUUGGGAAACACCAAAAAAUCGUACGUCCGGUUGUGACCUCGGCUUAACUAAUAACAAACCUGUAAUUAAAUCUAGCUAGGUGGUUUUGGAGCUCACAAGUUUUGGAUCAUUUGAUAGAUUUGGUGAAAUAAUUCAAGCAACUUGAUUUCCGGUUUCAAACUACGACCAAAAAAACGUGAGGUCAAACAUGCUAACACUAGCAAGCAAAACAAAACUAACGAGUGUGGGAAUAUUCCAGAAACUCGAGUCUUGUUUCGAAGUGCCACUUCUAUCCUGGGACGGCGUAAACUCUCGUUAUAAUUCCAAUAGUUUAAAAACUUAUCACUUAUAUUACAGUUAAUUCUUGAUUCUCAGCUCCUAUCAAGCACUCUUAAAGGGGCAAUAAGUAACUUUUAAAGACAACCUGAAUUAAAAACCUUUUAAUAUCUUCUUAGCUCCGAUUGCUUCAAACGAUGACACAAUUCUUCUUUUGAAUUGUGUGACUUUGCCCCGCCUCGAAACACCUUCUGAUUUCUACAGUUGUGGGCAGGACAUAAACAGAUAAUAAACAUCGUUUGUCACGUUUCGCCUCCCAGUUCCUCACGUUUAUUUUGGAAGGCCAGCUUUUUGCAAGCCAAUCAAAUUACUUUGGAUUAAACCAAAGUCCCUUCCACCAGAACAUGGCGUUUCACUUGGAAAUGCAUCAGAAGGAUGUUGUCUUGAAAAAUUUACAGCGUCACCCACGGCGUUACUUCGCUGUACAACAUUCCAACCCUGCUGACGAAUCUUCAUAUCAAUUUAAUAUUUUGUCCUGCUGGAACGAACCAUUCACUUUGUUUCAUCUCUUGAAGACGAGUGUAGAACGUUUAAGGAUAUUCACCUGUGGAUGAGUAAAAUACUCGGUGCUUUCCACCACAAGUUAAUUAACGUAGCGGUUUUCUAGACGAAAGCAGAAGAGACAUGUAAAGACAUCACCAACCCUUGAGGUGAAGUACAGCACAUCAGGGGUUGUUGAUGCUUUUACUUUUCUGGAAUUCCAUAUUUGAAGGUGAUUGAUUUUUUUUAAUUGUAUUAGUACAACACUGAUAUCGUAAAGUCCUUGGGAUAUUGGAAAAAACUUUGAUAUCAGAACUUUAUGAUAAGCCUAAAGUCACUUUUUAAUAGAGAGCAAAGAAACACACUUUCAAAUUCAGUCUUUAUUUGCAAACACAACUUAGUCGCUAUCGCACUCUUCUUGAGCUGACCAGCGUCAACAGCUUUGAGGGCUUGAUACUUUACUUCCAGUGUGUUUGAUUCCAACUUGCGCUUCUUUGGUGUGAUCUCACUUGCCAUUUUGAGACUGAUUUACAAUCGAGAAAACAGCUUGCUCUUUUAGGCCAAGUUUACAUUAGACCGUAUCUGUCUCGUUUUCUUCGCGGAUGCACUGUCCGUUUACAUUAAACCGCCGGGAAACGGGAAUCCUCCAGGGUCCACGUAUUCAAUCCAGAUCGUGUCUGAUCCAGUGCUGUGUAAACAUUGAGAAUACGCGGAUACGCUGUGCUGAGCUCUAGCUGGUGUCGUCAUUGGACAACGUCACUGUGACAUCCACCUUCCUGAUUCGCUGGCGUUGGUCAUGUGACGCGACUGCUGAAAAACGGCGCGGACUUCCGCCUUGUAUCACCUUUCAUUAAAGAGUAUAAAAGUAUGAAAAUACUGAUGCAAAUACUGAUGCAAAUACUGCCCAUUGUGUAGUUAUGAUUGUCUUUAGGCUUGCCGUCCUUCCACUUGCAAGUGGUAAGUGAUAUGCACUGAGAUCACACACACACCGGCUCAGUCCCGAAUCACUGCUCGUGUGCUUCACUCGCGCGCUCUGUGAGCUGCGCAGGGCCGGAGUGCGCACCCUCCAGAGGGCGCUCGCUGUUCAGGGCGGAGUGAUUUGGAGCGCAGGAUGCCUGCGGAGCCGAGCGUAUCCGUGUAUUGGCGUUGCUGUGUGCACGCGAAUCGUGUAUUGGCGUUGCUGUGUGUACGCUAAUCAUUUUAAAAACGUUAAUCUGAUGAUCUGCUGAUACGGUCUAAUGUAAACCCCACCUGACACUCAUUAAAAAGCUUAACACAAACAAUGGUCAAGUGCAAUCAGUAAUUACUUAACAAUCACUCCAGGCUAAUGAAGUAAUGGGCUGAGGAGACACAGUGGGGGCUCUGAGUUAAGAUAACUUUGCAGGCUUCUGGGGUGCUUGACAGGAAAACUUUAUGAUAAGUGUAAUUUAUGGCCCCUGGGGACAUCAAAAUGACUUUACAUUAUACCUAAAAUUUAUGAUAAGCCAAAAGUUUUAUAUCCUAUUUAAUGGACUUUAUGCCGGGAAAUGAAAAUCACUUUACAUUAUCCAUAACUUUACAAUAUCAGUGUUUGCGAUAUCUGUGCUGUACUGUAUUAGAUGAAUAACCAGCACAGAUGGCAGCGUUAGACAUGUCUAUAAAAAUUACACUGCACUUGUUCGUAUCAUAUGGACUAUCAUGGAUCAUCUGAUGAUUGGCACAUGGUGAGCAAGGGAUAGUGUGAGUAAUCUGAAAUGAUUGGAUUUAUUGACGCAAAGCUUCCAAACUUAUUGUAUACACACACUGAGAUUCUUAGAACCUGAAGGUAAUGAAGAACUGAAUAACAGAA